GAAAUUUUAGAAAAAAAAAAUGAAAUGUUAAGCAAUAAUAAUAAUAUAGAUCUUUAUGAUAAAAUUUAUAUUGAAAAGAUUGGAAAAUCAAUUAAAAAGUAUAAUGAUAGUUUAGGAUAUUUUUGGAUAGAAUUAGCUAAAAACUUAGGGUUUGAAAUUGAUGACAAUUUACCAUCUAAUAAAUUAAAGAGAGCAUGCAUAUCAUUUGCUGCUAAUUAUUUGAAGCAUGAAAAGAAUAAAAGCUCUUAUGUGAUUAAGGAAAAAGAAAAAAAGGUUGAUAGGUUAAUUACAAUGCAAUAUACAAGGAUAAAUGGUGAGACACAUUACUCCAAUAAUAAAAGAGAAACGUUGAUAAGAGUUUUUGAUGUUCUUGAAUCUGAUUUAAAAAUUUUAAAUCAAACAGAGUUUUCAGUUCAUAAAUAUUAUAUGGAUUUAAAAGUAAACGCAAAGCAUCAAUCAAAUUAUUUUAAAGAAAAUAAUGCAGAACUUUUUGGUAUUUUUGGUAGUUAUGCAACACUACCAUAUAAUUCUGAUUCUUAUUUAUGCAACCAACGAAUCCAACAUAAAAAAUGUGUUGAUGAGUUGAUGAAUGGGAUCACACCUCUUGCCAACAAUAUUGCAGACAGAUUACAAACUGUCAAUUUCAAUAUGUUAACAGACCUUCAUUAUGAUGCUAAUGAUCUCGAUAACAGUUUGUGUGUAAUUGUACCCCUUGGUGAAUUUGAAGGAG